CCGAGUUUGCAAACAGGCGCAGGCGUCCAGUCAGCACUCCCCGGAAGCAUUUGUGCAACAUCACGAUUCGACCGAGUUGCGAUUGACAGGCGAGCCUGGAGCUGGGAGGUGAAGGGGUUCUCCUGACCUGUCCGACAAUGGCACCGGGGUGCUUGCUAUUCCUGGUUUGCAUUUUCUGUUGUAUGAUCUCCUCCAUCCGCGGUGUCUUCCUCGAACCAGAUCAAAAUGUCAGUCUUCCUGUUGGGUGGAAAUACGUGGAGCGAGUUUCACCCAAGGAUCAAAUUCUUCUCACGUUUGCACUUAAACAGCAGAAUAUUGACAAGCUGAAAGAAAAGCUGGUGCAAUUAUCAAACCCAGCCUCUUCCCAGUAUGGUAAAUAUCUCUCCCUGGACCAGUUGUCCCGAAUGAUCCAACCUUCGAAAAAGACUCUGCAGGCUGUUUGGGCCUGGCUGGGAAACCUUGGUGUACAAGACUGCUCCACGGUCCAGACCUUGGAUUUCUUGAAUUGCUUCACAUCUUCCAGUACUGCUGAAAAGCUUUUGAGUGGAUCAAAGUUUAAUCGGUACACCAAUGGUCAUCAGACGCUGAUACGAUCUCUGGCUAAAUACAGAGUUCCCGAUGAAUUGGCAGAGCAUAUUGAUUUUGUUGGAGGCAUGCAUCGAUUCCCUUCGCAAAAGACUGUGAUAAGCAAGGCAUGGAAAGUUGGUCAGCACAGAAAAGCGAAUGUUCACUUAGGUGUAACUCCUGCUGUUGUAAGGAAACGCUACAACCUCACUGCAAGCGAUGUUGGGUCUCAUAGGAAUAACAGCCAAGCAGUGGCUCAGUUUCUGGAACAAUAUUUUCACCAGUUGGACCUUGCAGAAUUCAUGCAACUCUUUGGUAGAGGCUUUCGCCACCAUACUGCAGUAGAUCACAUAGUAGGACACCAAGGAGGUAUAAGAGCAGGCCUGGAAGCCAGUCUGGAUGUGGAGUAUAUUAUGAGUACCGGUGCAAACAUAUCCACCUGGGUUUUCAGUAACACAGGAAGACACCAGUCCCAGGAACCCUUUCUGGAUUGGAUUACUUUAUUGAGUAAUAUGUCAUCCCUCCCAUGGGUGCACACCAUCAGUUAUGGAGAUGAUGAAGACAGUCUGUCAGUGGCAUAUUUAAGGAGAAUCAACAACGAGUUCAUGAAGGCUGGUGUCCGUGGUCUCUCCUUACUCUUUGCAUCUGGUGAUGAUGGUGCUGGCUGCAGAGAAGUUAGAAAAGGCAAAAAUACCUUCAGGCCAAGUUUUCCUGCAUCUAGUCCUUAUGUUACCACUGUGGGAGGAACCUCUUUCAAGAAUCCGUUUCAAAUUACGUUGGAGGUCACAGACGCUAUCAGUGGUGGUGGAUUCAGUAAUGUGUUUAAAAUGCCUGACUAUCAGGCCGCUGCCGUGAAGUCUUAUCUCAGAAAGACAAAAUCACUUCCCCCAGAUACCUACUACAAUGCUGGUGGUCGUGCCUACCCUGAUGUAGCAGCAUUAUCUGAUAACUAUUGGGUUGUGACUAAUCUAAUCCCUAUUCCUUGGGUUAGUGGAACAUCAGCUUCAACCCCGGUCUUUGGUGGCAUCCUGGCCCUCAUUAAUGAUAACAGGUUCCAAAGAGGACUUCCAGCUCUUGGCUUCGUAAACCCACUGAUUUACAAGAUACAGGAGAAUGGCACAUCUGGAGCAUUCUUUGAUGUAACUACUGGAUGCCAUUACGGUUGUUUGGAUGAAAAAACUAAGGGAAAAGGAUUCUGUGCUUCUCCGUCUUGGGAUCCUGUAACAGGAUGGGGGACACCAAACUAUCCAGAGCUACUCAGAGUACUACUUGUAGGGGGAAACGAUCAUCCAUGAUCUGAAGACCAAGAUAAGGAGUGAAAUCUAACUGAAAACCAAGCACUGAAUUUCCUGCCCCACCUUUGUAAUUUUGCCUUUUGUGAUUAUAUGAACACUUAGCUCAUUAAUGCUUUAGUUUGUUCCAUUUUUCAGUUGGUGAAAAUGUUUGUGUAGGAUCUCAAUCAGUCAAUUAUAUUAUAGGCACAGUGAUAAUCAAAGAUAUUGCUGCUUAGCAUUUAUACCGAUACUACCUGUCUCAAAUAACCAGAAUUUUACAGCGGGGAAUCAGGUCCUUUGGCCCAUCAAGUCCGUGGCAACCAGCUCCACUAAUCCCAUUUUGAUUCUUGCACCUUCAUCAAUUCUACUCCCACCCCACACUAGGGGCUGCAGAUAGUAAACAAUUAACCCACACACCAGCAUUUUUUUUGUUAUGUGGGAGGAAACCAGAGCACCUACACAAUCCCAGGGAGGAUGAUCAAACUACACAAGGAUAGCACCAGAGAUCAGGAUUGAACUUAGGUUUUUGGAGCUGUGAGGAACAAUGCUAACAACUGUAGCCAUUUGCUGCCAGAUGAUUACUUAACUAACUGAACGUGUUAAUGUAAUGUUGCAAUAAUGGAUAAGAAUUAAUUGGUUUAAUGUUAAUCAGAGGUAAAUAUUGGUGCGUUAACAAAUAUUUAAAAUCCAGAAUACUGAAUCCAAGAUGUACAAUGGAGUUUGAUUAAAUUUUUAACUAAUGGG